CACAGCCCGCUCCUGAAUCUUCCGACCGAGCUAGUGCUAGAAAUCACGAGCUUUCUAGACAAUGAGUCUCAACUCCUGCUCAGUCUCUCGUGUAAACGAUUCCGUGUCCUCUUCGGCCUCUACAUCAACGUUGCGCUUCCUCAGGAUAAGCUUUCCAAGUUACGGUUUUCACGCCUCCUCGAACUCGACUGCCCGCAAUAUUUGACAUGUCGCUCAUGCGGCUUGCUAUUUGCGUGGCGAGGAAGAAAACGUUGUCACUACCGAUGUCCGUGUCAUCGUUCUCGCCCGUAUGAUGAAAAUGAAGUGAUGGGCACUCUCGCUAUACGGCCACGAGGUAUUUAUAUUAUUCGUGUGACACGGGAAAUUAUCGACCUAGUUCUCCGAGCCUACGAGUAUGGGCCGGCUUACGGUUUACCUCUGGCUUUUCUAUCUGCGAGUGGUAAGGACUAUGACGGCUACCUACGAGAAAGUGAGGCCCGGGUCGUGGAUGGUCAGCUUAUACUUGCUACCCGGUUAGAGGUAGAGACAGAGUCUGGGCGAGAACUAGCGAUCAUGUCCACUCGCUUCAAUUCGCAGAUAUGCCUCCAUCUGUUUGAGGAACCGGGCUGGAAGGAAAGAUGGCCGACCCUCGCGCAAAACAUUAUGCAAAUGACAGGCUCAGAAAAAGUUGAGGUAUUCAAGUGUUCAGUCUGCGACACUGACCACAGGGUACAUAUAACAAAGACGGAAAAUCGGACAAAGAUCGUCCUGAAUGUUUGGAGAAACUACGGACGCCGACAGGACAACAUGCUGUCGCAUAAGCAGGCCUUCUUUUUUGGUUUUCGCCGGGCGCCUCUCUUGCAGCUCGAUGCUGACACAGUCUCACAGAGAGAUGUGCAAGCACUUUUUGAGUCU